AUGAACAUCCUCUGCCAGAUAACCAAAGACCUGGUGAAGAAUUAUGAUCAUUGUUUGGAGAAGCGUUUAGAAAAGGGAGCCUCCAACCUUACAUGCGACGAUGAGGUCCUGCGUAAGGAUGCAGAGGCAAUACUGGAGAACGCCGGUGCUGAGGAUAUGCAUUCACUGGGACUGGAUCCACUGAAGGUGUUGGAGGAGUCUCUGAAGGCAACAACAGCUCUGCCAGUAUCCACUGCAAGUCCAUGCAAACGGGGGCUGAGAGGGCUGGCCAAGGCCUUUGAAGUCCUGGAGCAAGCCGCUCUAAAUCUCUAUCUGAGUCCCUGGAGAGAGGAGUACAAAGUUGUAAAGAUGUACUCCGGUAUAUUCACACACUGCAUCAAGCCAGUGCUGUCCACGGUGCAGAUCGCAAAACUUUUUGGGUUGCUAGGAUACCAGACCUGCAUAGGACAGCAAGAUCAGCUUCUUCAGGGCCGUUCCGGCGUCCCCUCCCACGGCCAACUCCUCGAGUUGUCCUGUGGGUUCUUCCUGGCCCGCUGUGAGUGUCAGCUCCUGCUGGCUGCAUUAGGGAACCACGGGGGUGAGGCGGAGUGGGAGCUGGGCAUGGUGGUGGAGCGGCGCAGAGGACACAGCCUACAGUUGGCUUUAGACAACACCAAGAAGAUGCUGGACACCAACCAAAUCCUAACGGAGGAAGUGUCGGAGGAAUGUGGUGCAGGUGGCGAGCUAGAGCUGGAUCUGUACACCGCCGGCGGGUUAAAGAGUGUCCGGGGGGAGACCGCUGGCUUCCACGAUGCCAAUGGUGGCCCCCGUUCGCUUUCAUGGGUGUCCAAUCACGGCGGCCCGGCAACGACUUCAGUCCUCAUGACGCAAAGCAACGGGUUCUCUAUCCCAUCCUCCUCCUCAAGCACAACCACGGCGGCCGCUGGUGCCACAGCCCCAGGCUCUAGGGCAAGAGAGCCCCUCUGCGUCUCCACUCUCAACUGCCAACUCUCCAAGACCUCCCCCCCAAGGCAAAUCCCGUCGGGCGCCACCCGAACAGCAUCAGCCGCUACGAAACAAGUAGCUUCCCCUGAUGAAGACUCACAGAGUCAUAACUUUGACAGAAGUGAGGUCCAGCCAUCCAUUGCAAUGAUGCCUGCGUUUGGUUUGCCACAGUCGGAAGACUCUUCGCCCCCUUCGCCAGAGCACGUUUGUGUCUGUGUCCAAUUGAGCAGUUCUCACUUGAAGAUCUGCUUGGACUGCAACACUCUGCACAGCUUAACCUGCUCCUCACUGCAGAAGUGCAGCAACAGCCAACACAUUCUAGUCAGGAGUUACAAGAACAAGGAGAAGAGCGGUAAAACCAGGCCACCGUCGUCACAAGGCCUCCACGAGCCGGGCUGGUGCAGGCCUCCGAGCCGUGCCAAAGAUGAAGCAGCCAUGUCCAUGCUUUUGUGCGAUACCACAGAUUCAAUUGUCAAAACCCCUCAGCCAAUCACGUUCCACAGCUGCUGUGACCAGACGCUGGAGCCGCAAUACGUUUGUUUCACUUGCAAGGUCUUCCACUCUGAUUCCUGCAGAGAGUGGCUGUCCUGUGAGCAGGGCCACAAAACAAAGCCGCUUCAGGUGUGCCCUUGUGGGAUGGCGUGCCCCCGAAAACCUAUAGUGCUGUGUAGAUACUGCGGCACGGAGUACUGUACCAAUUGCUGGUACAGGAACCCUGUACAAUGCACCUGUGGAGAAACUUUUGAUAAUCGGUCGUCGGUCUGAUGAAAAUAAGUAUUUGUGAAAACUAUUGCACAAUAUAAGGCACUUCCAGCCAAAUCACAGUGCCUUAUUGGAAUCAAAAUUCACUCAUUCAUUCAUAACAUGAAAUGUAACGUCAAAAUGGCAAGCUGAAACAAUCUGCCUUCUAGUCAAAGUAAUUGACAGCAUUUUUUCAAGUGGCUUUUUUUUAUUUGAGUGCUGUUUUAAACCGUCAUUCUGUAUUUUACGCACUUCAUUUUCUAGGUGUCCAUACAUUUAUCAAACUCAAAAUAAUGUUGCAUUAAUUAUUCUUGUCUCCUGCUCGUUUCAAUUAACAUUUUAGUUGACAGCAAACUUGACAGUAAUAAAAUACAUGAUAAAAGGGAAAAA